AUGGCUUCUUCAGCAGUACCGAUAGAUCUUUGCGCCAUACCGGCGGGAGUCUCACCAAAUGGAGUAUACAAUUUCGUCAACCCGCCGUCGCUCUUCACAGCGCUUCUGGUCAUCAGUGUAGCUUUGGGUGCCAUCUCGACGAUAUUUGUGUUGGGGCGCCUUUUUGUCAAUCGGAAAAAGUUGAAGAUCGCGGAUUAUAUGACAUUUAUUGGCUGUAUAACCAACAUUACAUAUACAGGCCUCAUCCUUGCUAGGCCAGAUUCCUACCGCCAUAUCUGGGACACUCCGGUCUGCGAUUUCAAUGGCCAGUCGCUCAAGAUCCUGUUUGUCCAGACCAUGUUCUUCGGCCCGGUGUUCUUCUUCACCAAGGCUGCCAUUCUGUUGUUGUACAGCCAGCUCUUCGCGAUAGAGACGCGCUUCAGGAUCGCUAUAUACAUUAGCAUUCUCGUCACGCUGCUCCUGUAUCUGUCGGAGUUCCCGCUGGCAGCCGUCUACGCAGCGCCGAGGCCGGGCCACUCGUGGGAUUCUUUGCUGGAGAACUUGACGACUAAUGCACCGCGACUUGCCCUCGGCGGAGCCGUGCAGAGCGCUAUCUCAACUGCGCUGGAUAUUUACAUCUUUAUUCUCCCUCUUCCCAUUCUCCUGAAGCUCCAAAUGAUGCCCAGACAACGCUUGCAAGUUCUCGGCAUCUUUUCUACGGCUCUUCUCGGAGUUGGCGCUAGCGUAGCGUCACUUAUCAUCAAGAUUAGGCUCAUGUCGUCGGCGGACUCUAGUUGGCUCGGUGCUCAGGCCACCAUGUGCACAAUCGUCGAAACUAAUAUAGCGCUUAUCGUUGGCUGUAUGCCCGCAUUUGCGCACUUUGUGUCCGUCUACAUACGCGGCUCUACGUUCAUAAAGACUCUACGGUCGAGGCUGAUGAGUGGGACUGGCCGCACGCGCAACGUCUCGGCACCUUCGAAGGACGUGAUUACCUUUGGCUCAAACCAGCCGCCGAGACGGAAUAACUACUUUGAGCUGACGGAUACCAUGUUGCUCGAGACGCGGUCGCCAAUGGUGGAUGGCAGGUUAGAAAUGGACCACCACGCCAAAUCGAGUAGUACUCAGAGUGGAGUGGAGAACGCUGUAUGA